AAAAUGACUGGGCCGAUCCGGCCGCCGCGAUUUCGUUACAGGUGUAGCCGGAGCAGGCUGCAUGGCCGUCUCUGCCGCGACAGGUGUCACCGGCCGCCCUCAAGUCUGAACACCGCCGCUACUUCACCCAACGAAUUCGUUUCAGACAGAGGCAAGCAAUCGAAGCAGAGUCCUGGUCACGGACUCACGGGAUGCUUGUAUGCUCGUGUAGCCUCCCGCUUGAUUACGACUUCGAUAGUCCGAGGCACAGGAUACAUACAUCUCCAAUUGCAAUGUUUCGAUGAGAACAGGGGAGGAUGCAUUGCACUAUUGCAGGCCCCAACAGCUGCUGUUUCUGUUGGUGGCGGUGAAUCUCUGCCCCCGUUUCCAAUCUGUUUCAUGCGUCGUGAUCAUACUCAUACGUGAAGCUCGCCCAGAACACCGGAUCGACAGCAAGUAGUGCUCCAAUGGGCGAAUGCAGCACGGAGUACAGGGGCCUCCCCGGCGGCAAUGCCGAUACUAACGGCGCGGCGGCGUCGCUCCGCAAGGUCUCCAUCGUCCCGCUGGUCUUCCUCAUCUUCUACGAGGUCUCCGGCGGGCCGUUCGGCAUCGAGGACAGCGUGGGCGCGGCGGGGCCGCUCCUCGCCAUCGCCGGCUUCCUGGCCCUCCCCGUCAUCUGGAGCAUCCCGGAGGCGCUGAUCACGGCGGAGCCCGGCACCAUGUUCCCGGAGAACGGCGGGUACGUCGUGUGGGUCGCGUCGGCGCUCGGCCCCUACUGGGGGUUCCAGCAGGGGUGGAUGAAGUGGCUGAGCGGCGUCAUCGACAACGCGCUCUACCCUGUCCUCUUCCUCGACUACCUCAAGUCCGCCGUGCCCGCGCUGGGCGGCGGCCCGCCGAGGGCGUUCGCGGUCCUGGGCCUCACGGCGGUGCUGACGCUGCUCAACUACCGCGGGCUCACCGUCGUCGGUUGGGUCGCCAUCUGCCUCGGGGUGUUCUCCGUCCUGCCGUUCUUCGUGAUGGGCCUCAUCUCGCUCCCCAAGCUCCGGCCGGCGAGGUGGCUGGCGGUGGACCUCCACGACGUGGACUGGAACCUGUACCUGAACACGCUGUUCUGGAACCUCAACUACUGGGACUCGAUCAGCACGCUGUCCGGCGAGGUGGACAACCCCGGCAAGACGCUGCCCAAGGCUCUCUUCUACGCGGUCAUCUUCGUGGUCGUGGGCUACCUGUACCCGCUGCUCGCCGGCACCGGCGCGGUGCCGCUGGACCGGUCGCAGUGGAGCGACGGUUACUUCUCGGACCUCGCCAAGCUCCUCGGCGGUGCGUGGGUGAUGUGGUGGGUGCAGGCGGCGGCGGCGAUGUCGAACAUGGGCAUGUUCGUGGCCGAGAUGAGCAGCGACUCGUACCAGCUGCUGGGCAUGGCGGAGCGGGGCAUGCUGCCGGCCUUCUUCGCGCGGCGGUCGCGGCACGGGACGCCGCUGGUGGGCAUCCUAUUCUCGGCGUCGGGCGUGCUGCUGCUCUCCUCCAUGAGCUUCCAGGAGAUCGUGGCCGCCGAGAACUUCCUCUACUGCUUCGGCAUGCUGCUGGAGUUCGUCGCCUUCGUGCUGCUGCGCGUGCGGCGGCCCGACGCGCCCCGGCCGUACCGCGUCCCGCUCGGCACCGCCGGGUGCGUGGCGAUGCUGGUGCCGCCCACGGCGCUCAUCGUGGUGGUGCUCGCGCUGUCGACGCUCAAGGUGGCGCUCGUGAGCCUCGGCGCCGUGGCCGUCGGGCUCGUGCUGCAGCCGCUGCUGAGGCUCGUGGAGAAGAAGGGGUGGCUCAGGUUCGCCGUGAACUCGGACCUCCCGGACAUCGGCGUCGGGCACGCACCCGCCGCCUCCGCCGCGGAUGAGCCGCUCGCGCCGUAGCCCACUAGCCCGUGGGGUGGGCUGGGCUUGGCUGUACUAACCGAUAUAGAUUUGUGCUUCGCUUCACAGCCCGUGGGUUUGCAGGGAGAGGAGGGGAGGAGCGUGGUGGGCUCAGAUCUCAAACGAUAGCCCAGCCCAUGGAUCAGGUCCGCGUCCCCUGGUUUUGUCGCACUAUUGCUGGUCGUGGUCACCGCUCACAUUGCAGCGCCAAAUUGUACACCACGCUGGAGAGUGGAGACCUUUUUUUGAAGAAAUGGACAGUGGAGACCUUCCUUGUUGACUUGAUGACUUUGGUCGUGUAGGAUGACACAGCAGCGUGUUCUGGCAGUUUUUGAAAAGCAUUGUUUGUCUGUA